UUUAAUCCUACAUCGUAUGAGAAAGUGUCGUAGUAGUAUAAAACACUGAAAAUAGUGUAACGCAUUCUUUUAGAAUCUUAACACUAAAAAUGAAUGGAGGAUGUUAUUUCAACACACUGACUUUAAGACUUCCCACUUUUCGUACAACAAUUUCUGUUCUUUACUCGUUGACAUCUUUUACUGCUACGUUAUUGAAUAUAUUGGUGCUGAUCUCCAUCUGGAAGACCGAAUCUUUGUACAAACCUUCAUUUUUGCUUAUAGCAAWUCUUGCUCUCGUAGAUUUAUUGGCAGGCAGUGUGGCAGAACCGUUAAUUUUGGUCACAAAUAUAGCAGCAAUCCAAGGUUGGUCCAAUGUGUUCUGUGUUUGCUCGUUAGCGGCUCGAGUAGUUGCAUAUUGGCUGGGUUCCGUGUCACUUUACACGUUAACAGUUAUCAGCGUCGAUCGUUUGUUAGCAAUCCGACUAAAAAACAGAUAUCGAAGUGUGGUUACCAUGAAGCGAGUGAAAGCUGUUCUUCUUCCCUGGUGGAUCAUGGUGUUUACUGCUGUAUUGUCGGUGUUUGUCUUUCACGCAUCUAUCAGGACCCUAGUCAUUGCAAUUGCAACAGGCGUCUUCGUUCUCCUUAUAGUGCUGAGUGUAUCAUAUUCCAUGUCGUUUUACUACUUGAAAAAGCUGUCCAAUUCAGUUGCAUCGACUGACAAGACCGAAGACAGAACAGAUAGUAAUUUUAAUCGUUCGAAGUACCAAAAAUCCUUGAAAACAAUGUUGCUUUUAUUCUGCAAUGUUAUUUCACUUUUUCUUCCUUUUUUCUGUGCAGCUGCUAUUCUUGUCGUUAAGGGCGUUGAAAAGUUUGAUGAAAAUCCUACAUCUAUGUUAGUUUAUAAAUUGUUGAUGACUAGUGAGCUUAUUGUGGCGAUCAGUUCUACAAUCAAUCCUUUGAUGUAUAUCUGGCGCAUUAGGGAUCUUAGAAAGGCAAUGAAAACUACCUUGAGAAAGAUCCUUGGAUUGAAAGUGGAUGAAAAUAUUGAGCAGAAUUAACAAAGUCGUAAUCUCGGAAGCAGUGAGGGAAAUCCAUCGACAUGGGAAGAAUUUC